CUCAAUCUCAAAGUCAAAGUGAAGUUCAGAAUGUUGCUGCCACAGUCGUUGGUGUUGGUUUUGAUGAUGUUGCUGACUAUGUUGCAAGUGCUGCAAGUUCAAAUGCAGCCAGUGGACAAUGUGCCAGUGGAACCGGUGCCAGAGGACGACAACAACAACAGCAACAUCGAAUCGUUGGGUCGUGUGCUGUACGAUCAACGACAGACGGGCAAAUACAACAUCCAUGUGAGCAUUAAGGAUGUGGCCAUCAUCGAGGUGGAUCAAAAUGAACUGGCUGAUGAAUCGUAUAAUGCCGAGGACGAUGAUUAUUACUAUGAUGAUAGUGCUCUGACUAUUAAACCCAUCAAGUUUACCACCGAAGCCAGUCCAACAACAACAACAACAACAAGAGCACCGACAACAACAGCGUCGACGACAACAGAACCUUCUGUGGCAGCAACUGUUGCAACUGUUGCAGCUGUGAGUGGCAACAUCAGCGCCUAUAGCGCACAGCUUUUGGCUGACAUUGCUGCCACGCAACGUCAGAAGCCCAAGACGAACAAUUUGAUCAUUAUGGACAUGCCUACGGAAAGUUCUUCCACUCUGCCGUCCAAAUGGUUACAAGCCCGAUCCAAGGAUGAACCCAUUACAACAACAACAACAGCAGCAACAGCAUCGCAAUUGUCUAAUAUUGAGUAUACGCCAUCGCAAGGUCACGAUUCGCCCAUUUUUAAGGUGAAAGUGCAACGUGCCGCAAAUCCCACUCCAACAGCGGAGACUCCAUCACGUUGUCGAACUCAUCAGUUCCGCGAUGCGCAUGGCAAGUGUCGCACCAAACGCUCCGGCUCAAUCUUAAGAAAGCUCUUCGGUAUGCUGGUGUCGCUGCCCUUUGCCGGCAAUCGUCAUGGUCAUGGUCUCCAGGUGUCUCCCCCUUAAAGAAGUCGCUCAAUGAUCACGCACUUUUAGCUUUAAGUACUAUAAUUAUUGGAUUUACAAAUAUUGUCUCUAGUUAUACAUUAAAUGCAUGCUUUUGCAAAGAUUUUUUUUGGCUUAUUAAGUUUAGAACGUAAGGUUUUUUGAUAUAGUUUUUCAUUUGUCUUCUAAUUGGGGUAUUAGUUAAUUGAUCUGACUUUAGUAUUGAGGCAUAAUAUAAGAUGAUGUUUCAAUUAUUACUUAUAGGA